AUGAACGUAAUGAAUACGGAGAAUUUGGGAGGUCGAGGUAGAGGAAGACGCGGCCGGGUAAGAGGAAAAAUCGCCAGGCGAGGAUACGGAACGACAUCGUCAUCUGGAAGAGGGAGAAGUUCCGGCCGUGGUAGAACUACUGAUUCGGGUACUGGGAGGAUAACGACGUCAAGUAUCUCAGAUGUUCAAGAAAGAUAUGUAAUAAUGGCAAUUACCUCUGGCCGUGGUGAAGCUAGAGGAGAAGUUGGAAUAGCGAUCAUGGAUGUACAACAUCCUCACAUGAUAAUUUGUCAAAUAAGCGACUGCAAUUCAUACAUUAACACACUCACUAAAAUACAUACAUACAAUCCAAUCGAGAUUAUAAUGCCAGACACAAUGUGUGAAGCUGGUAAUAAUCUAUAUACUACAAUUCGAAGAAGAUUUGAAGAUAUAGACAUUUCUGGAGUCAGUCGCAUACAUUUUUCUGAUACAAUUGGAUUAGAGAAAAUCAAAACACACUGCGCUCCAGAAUUUUCAUCUGUUGAACUUGCAGUUCACCAAAAAUAUUACGCACUUGCUGCGACAGCAGCUUUGAUAAAAUACAUAGAAUUUAUCCAACAUGUUCAAUAUAUGCCCCAAUCAAUGCGCAUCGAGUACGAAGGGUCUCAAAAUAAUACAAUGAUUGACAUUGAAAGCGCGCAAAGCUUGGAAUUAAUUACAGCUCAUGGAGGCCAGCCAAACUUUUGUCUUUUUGGAGCUCUUGAUCGAUGCUCAACACCAAUGGGUCGGAGAUUACUGAGAGCUUCUAUUCUUCAGCCUCCUUGUAAUGUUGAUAUUAUAACUGCUCGACAAAAGUGUAUUGAAGAAUUCGUCAAUAGUCGAUCAGUCUUUUCAAUAACUCAACCUAUCGUUCGACGUUUGUACGGAGUCAGUCGACUUCUCAGUUUGGGAAUAACUUCACUUGAAGGCGAUGCAAUUCAAAAAGCUGAAAGAAAUCUUAAUUAUAUACUGUUAUUAAAAAAUACUAUUGAUAUAAUUCCUGAAUUAAGAGCAGCUCUGAGUACUACUCAAGCGGCUUUUUUUCAAAAAGUUCAAACUGAUCUCGAAGAUACUCGGUUUGAAAUGAUGAAAGAAGCAAUCUUGAAAAUCAUCCAUGAAGACGCGAUGUCUUUAAUGGGAUAUUCUUCAGCGAACAUGCAAAGAUGCUUUGCUAUUAGACCUAAUAUUAGCCAGCUACUAGACAUUGCUCGACAAGCUUAUUGUGAAUUAAUUGAUGACAUGCAGUCUAUGGUUUUAAAAUUGGGUGAAAAAUAUUCUCUUCCAUUGACUCUAAGUUGUAACAUGUCUUUUGAACCACUUGUUGUAAUGGGUACUCAUUGUAAAGAUGCUUGUGAAGAAAUUCAUAUAAUGAGUGAUGUAGUAAUGAUCGACGCAUUAACCGAAAUAAGGAAUCACAUCGGCUGUUUGUUCCGUCUAAAUGACAAUAUUGCAGAACUAGACCUCAUAUUGUCUUUAGCUCAAAUAAGUUCUAUAUCAGAUUACGUAAAACCAAUAUUCGAGUCAGAACUUGAAGUUCGUAACUCGAAACAUCCUGUGAUGGACAUACUAGGAGUCGAAUCUCCAACACCCAAUGACAUAAUUGCUUCAGUUCACUACAAUUACCACAAUAUAACCGGCCCAAAUAUGGGCGGCAAGACAAUUUACUUGAAGCAAAUAAUUCUUUUGCAAAUAAUGGCCCAAAUAGGCUGUUAUAUACCUGCUACAAAAGCUGUAUUCCGAGUUGCUGAUCGAAUAUUCUGCAGACUUGGAGAUCGAGAUGAAAUUGAGUUCAAUGCGUCGACUUUUAUGCUUGAAAUGAAAGAAGCGCAGUAUAUUUUGCAGUCCAUCACACCCCAGUCGUUAGUUGUUUUAGAUGAAUUAGCUAGAAGUACUACAGUCGAAGAAGGAGCAUCUAUUGCUUGGGGAAUAAGUAAACAGCUUUUGAAGACACAAGCGUUUAUUUUCAACGCUACGCAUUUUUUAUUUUUAUUAAAACUUGUUGAUCUGUAUCCAAAUGCUACAAACCAUUACAUGGAAGCUCUUUUAAAAAACGAUGAAAUUGAUCCUCUUCAAAGAAGACUUAUUUACACUCACAAACUGAAGCAAGGUAUUUCAAAAAUAGAUCAUUACGGAAUAACAUUAGCCCGAUCAUCAGGUUUGCCUCAAAGUAUUGUAGACGAAGCUCAAGAAUUAGCCCUGACUUUUUCUAAAAAUCUAAAACUCAAACAAACAAACGAUAUGACUGAGCGUGAGCGUCGAGUGGUUGCUCAGCGUAAAAUAAAUUACGACGCGAUGAUUGCAAUAUACAAAGAGUUUUCAAAAGAAAUAGUAGAUACUGAGUACAUUUAUCAGAUAAUGAAAAAUAUCAAAGAAAUUGAUUACACUGGUUGCGAAAUCGCUGAUCAAAAUGAGCAAGUUUCAGUUUUAUCUACUUUGACAGCGCGGACAGAAAAAGCUAAGAACAAUCAAUCAGAACCCAUGAGUCAGGAAGAAUUUAAAAAACCUAAAGCUGUUCAGCCUCAGCCGGUCAAAAAAGUAGUUUCAAAUCAAGAAAAUAUUCAACCGAUAAAAAGAUUUUUAGUUCCUGGGUCAGAAUUUGAAGAUUCUAAAAUUCCGACUAAAAUUCUCAAGCUCGCUUCACCCUUAAAAACUUCCACUCCAUUUUCUAAAAAAUCAGUCGAUGUAAAGCCGCUUGCAGAGAGAAAUUAUGACCAAAGUAUGAAUUCACUCUUAAGUUUACUUACCAACAGCAAAAAAAUAUUAGCGAAUCCUUUUAACAAUCCAGAUUCGCCGCUUUUUAUUCCCAAAUCACAACCCAGUGUAUUUAAUCCGUCGCAUAAUGAUUGUCUGACUGAAUUAAGAUCUCCGUUAUUAUUAAAAGAUAAAUCACGGCUUACUUAUUCGAAGGUAGACCCGCGUUAUCACGUCCCUAAUCAAUUCUACGGAAUUCAGAAACUCUUCAAGCAAAUAAGCUUGUCUCCUGAAAGCAAGCGCAAGCAGCAAGACUCCUCUGAUACUUCAUCUAGAAAUCAAACUUCUUCAGAAACUUUGAUUGAAAAUUUAGUAAAUAAUCCAGCGAUACCCAGUACUUCAAAACCUGAAGCUCACUCAUUAAAAAUUAACACUUCGACCAGCAAAAUUCCGGAAGAAUACACUUACAUGCGGCACAUAUUGAAAAAUUUACCCUGGCAAAAAAAUUCGGAGCAAUUGAAAGAGAAAUUUAAAACAGUAUCUAGCAAAGCUGACAAUUUUUAUUUCUCUUCGGAUGUCGUGACGAGGAAUGCUAAUCUUCCGACGAAUGAUCGUGAGAAUAUAGAACAUUUGUUGAACUACCAAUCGCCGUCAAAGUCGACUAUUGAGGACGUUAAUCCUUUGGAUUUUUGCCAAGUGUUGACCACUGGACCCUCGGACCUGGAUAGAAUGCUUUCGAGAGAAAUAAAUGAAAAUAAUUACGAAUUGACUCCCGAUACAUCGCAAACUUCAUCCAAUAGGUUAUCUCACAUUUAA